AUGUGGUAUUACAUUUUGGGUUUCAUUCUCCUUUAAUACAAAAGAUGCAUUCUCACAACAAUGAUCAUUUAUGAAUAAAGCCGGUAAUACACCACUUCUACAUGUACAUAAUGUAUUUAAAUGUACAUGAUAUAUGAAUAUGAUUGCAUUGUCAUUUGAACUUUGAAGUAGUUGCAUUGCAGCUUUAGUUUCAUUCAAAUUAAGCUUGGUGAUUAGCACAGUGGAUCAUAUUGCAUUUAUAAAGUAAUGCAAUUUGUUAAUUUGAGAUUUUAUGACACUAAGCUGGUUUGAGUACUUGGGUGUACAUGCUGUGUGAUGUGUAUUUAUAGAACAUGCAUUAAAGAUACAAUGAAUACUGAGAGGUAGUGAGAAAAUACAUAGUAAGGGGUGGGGGGGGGGGGGCUCUUGUGCAGAGGUUUACAUUUCUCAUUAAAUCAGGAGAUAAUUUUAAAAGUUGUCUUUUUAUUCUAUUACUCAUAAAGAAUAAUAAAUAUUUCAAUUGAUCCAUAGGGGUGGGGCAUCUUUUGGCAAUUUCAUAAAGGAGAAUUCAGGAAAAUUUGAGCUAUCUAUAAAUGGUUUGUAGUGAAUGCCUUGGAUAGCAAAGGUAUUCUCCCUAGAGCUAAUAAAUCCAUACAAUGAAUGUUCAUUUUUUUGUCGUCUGUGAUGACAUUGAUAUUUUGUUUUUGAGUGUUCAUUCCAAAAUUUCUCUCACGUUUUUUAAUUUGUUUAUUCUUCUUAUUCUCUAUAAUUGAGAAUAUUUUGUGAAUUUCCAACGGUCUAUCUCGGGCAAUUUCUAGUUCCUUGUUUAAUACUCACUACUUAGAGUCUCUUAUGUCUUCAACAAUGUAUGAUUUGUUUUUCUAUACAGAAAGCUAAAGUAACUGGCAUAGAUAUUACCACUGAAGAGGGAUUUAAAGAGGCUAGGUCUGUACACAUCUUGUUCGAUGAGACAUUUUACAAUGCCAACGAGGAGAGCUUUAGAGUGCUAUGUAUUGACAGACUGCUAGAAGGAGGAACAAAUAUUAUUGAAGAUCCAGUGUUGACUUGUCUUGAGACCUAUGAAGAUUGCUGUGAUUUCCUAUGGGGAAACAAACACAGCAAGACAUCUCAGAAGAAGGUGGAAGACCUAAUGGAACAGUUCUGUAGUACAUCACAGAAAGCUGAUACCCUUAGACAGAUCAUAGAUGCUACGAGUACGCUCUUCACUAAAUGCAUCCAGAUUGCUCUUAAAGAUGUCGUUCUGCGUACAAUGCAGAAGAAUGCAGGCCAUAUGGAUAACCUUAAGAUUGCCAUGGAAACUUAUAUCAUGAAUGGAAUCUACACCAAGGUUUUCAAGGCAGUCAGCCAGUUCUUUGCAGUUGAGGAUGCCAAUCUGAACAAGAUAACCCGGAACCUGUCUGAACUGCAGGUCAAGGAUGUGGGUGUGAGGUUAGAGUUCACCACUAAUGUCCCAAGGGCACGAAGAGAGAUGUCCACCAUUAACAAGUUCAGCACCCCGCUUGGCAAGAUGCAGUGUCUUAGGAGAACGGUCCUUGCGAUCACACAGCAGGGAUUCAGAGGGAAGAUCAAUGAUGGUGCUCGUGCUAUGUCAUCAGAUGACCUCCUACCCUUGUUAGUCUUCUUAGUGGUCAAAUCAGACAUACCAAACUGGCUGGCCACUCUCUCAUACAUGCAGAAUUUCUGUCUCUCAAACUUUGCUGGUGGAGAAUUCGGAUUCUACAUGGCGUCAAUAGAGGCAGCCGUGGAGCAUGUGAAGUCCGGUGCCAUGAGUAACUCCACCCCCGCCACGCCCAUCUCCAUAGACCGGUCCCGCUAUUCUUUGCCCCCCUCCUCCCCUUCAAAGUCUGGGUCAGAGAGCCUGUGGCAGAAAAUAGACUCCUCGGAUCAUGAGAAUACUCCAGCUGUAGAUAUCUUAUUUCAGUGGGUGAUGGAGGGAAACAAGAAUGAUGUUGAGUCUAUGUUAGAGGCCAGCAGUACCGAUUACAGUUGGCUUAUCAAUAAGAUGUGUCAUCCACUCUGCUCUUGUGACAGUUGUGAACAGAUCUUAGCAAGCAAGCGGAAUGACCCCAGAGCAGUUACAGCAUCAUCAAGAGAUAACAGGGGUUGUACUCCUAUGCAUGCUGCAGCUGCUUAUGGUCACCCUGAAAUAAUCAGUAUUCUGAUGAGACGAGGAGGUGAAGUAAAUGUAACAGAUUAUCACGGAUCGACCCCAUUGCAUCUUGCUUGUCAGAGAGGCCAUCAAAAUGUUACAUUACUGUUGCUUGCUAAAAGCGCUCUUGUUAGUAUAGAGGACAAUGAUGGCAAUCGACCUCUGCAUCUUUGCUGUGCUAACGGCCAUGAAGAGUGUGUGAAGGCAUUACUUUACUCUACCAGACCAUCACAGAGAGUGUCUAUCAAUGCAAUAAACACCAGAGGAGAUACAGCACUACACCUAGCAUCAAGAUGGGGAUAUGCUAACAUUGUAUCACUGCUGAUAGAGCACGGUGCAUCAGUAGAAGCGAGGAACAGACGACAGGAGACGCCUCUCAUGUGCUCUCAUAAUAUCAACAUCUCAAGAACCAUUCUAUUCAGUACACAAGAUGAGGCCGACCAGAAUUCAAUGUCUCCAUACGCCACCAGUCCUCCCAUAGCAAGCAUCCUAUCUACUGUUGGUGAUGAAGAUAUUCUGGUGACACCAAUCAAGGUCUCUGUUACUCGACUCACCAAGAAACUACAACCUGCACAGAAAGAGGUUGAGAAGUUGCUUCGCAGUGUUGCCGAUGGUGACAUUCUAAUGAUGAAGCAUCAUCUAGGUUGGCUUAGCGACGAUGAAUACGAUGAUGACGACGACGAUGAUGACAACAUUCCAUUGGACUCUAAAUUGUGUCAUCCUCUCUGUCAAUGUCCUAAAUGUGCAAUGCUACAAAAGCGUACCACGAUCAGCGCGACCGGCCUGAGCGUGAACUCCCACAACCAAGAAGGCUACACAGCCCUCCACGUUGCUGCGUUACACGGCCAUGACGGCAUGAUUGAUGUGUUGCUCCGUCGGGGGGCGGGUGUCAAUCAGAAGAAUGGCAGUAGUCAGCAGUGUACACCCCUUCAUCUAGCUUGCCAGUGCAACCAUCCAAAGAUUGUAUCCAAACUCCUGCAUCAUGCAGCUAAGUGCAAUAUAAGAGAUGUGAGAGGUAACACACCUCUCCAUUACUGCUGCCUGAAUGGACAUCUGGAACCAGCCGAGGCUUUAUUACAGUAUGGUGCCAAUGUAAAUCAAACCAAUCAAAGAGGUAAUACGCCCCUCCACGAGGCAGCAAGGUUUAACUUCACAUCCCUGGUCAAGUUAUUACUGGACAGCGGUCAAGCUAAUCCUCAUUGUAGGAACAAAGCACAGCAGAUACCUCUUAGGCUCACUCAGAAACAAAGUGAAAUUGCUAAGAUGUUGAAAGCAGCAAUGAGACGAGACGAUGACCUGGAGUCGGUGACUUCGACGGAGACCAACGCAUCCUCUGGCUCCUCUCAGACGGAUCCUCUAGAAUCUAUCCAGGAAACGGGACGACCUUUAGCUCCACCACCCCCACCUCUUACACCUCCACCCCCUAGACCUCUUAACAAUGAAAAUACACUCCCGCGACCUCUAAGCGUCCAUGACCUCUUCAACUAUUUCUGCGACACGGACCGUACCACUAUGCGUGCCUUGAACCAAUCCAUCAGGGAAUUUGAACCCGCCCGUCAACUCAGACAUGUCGAGGUUGAGGACAAGCACCAGGAGAACUGGAAUCUCUAUCUUAGACAACAGCUUGAAAUCCAGCACUUUGAUAAAAAGAAACUGAGACGAACCAAGACUGAGGAUAAGAGUGGACCAUUCUUUGAUUUGAUCAAAGAAAUUAGCAAUACAUCCCAUAUUGAGAACUCAGACAGUGACUCGGAUCAUGUGAUGCCAGAACAUCAGGAUGAUUACCAUGACAACAUGACACCUGAAUCAUCAGGUUACCAUGGCAACCCAGAGGAAGAAAGUGAUAGGACACCAUCUGAAUUAAAAACAAUAGAACGGGACAAUGAUGGAUUAUCUGGUUUCAUCGGAUCAAGUAGUUUUUCAAAGGAGUCAACAGAGACUUUAGAAAGAGGGAACCUCGACAGAAGCGAAGUAGUGGACCAAAUUAGUGAUGCAGGGGAAGAAAAUGGUGCGUUGAAACCCGGGACGCACUCGUCCAUUUUGAGCUCCGCUGUAUCGAGGACAGACGCAGAACACCGAACGCUAGUAAACCAAAGCCAAAACAAUUCAAACAGCAAUAGUGUAUACAUUGGUUCAUCUGUGAAUCACAAAGACGAUGUAUCAUUAAAUGGAGCAGUCCUUGAGAGUGAGAACACACCUGGAUGUGUUAACACUCAUAUUAACCAUGAAGAUCAUUCAAGAGGAACUGUUGAGGAUGAUGCGUAUCAUAGCAACCAAGACCAAGGGAGAGUGCAUCCUCCUGUAGAGGGUUUGAAGAUACCAAUAUCAGGCUCCACUCUUAAUGGAGUUUGCCAAGAUGAAGAGUAGUUCAUAUCUUUAUGUACUUCUUUUUCCCCCCUGUUCAAAGGAAGACAAUGGCAGUGAAUAUCUUUUUAAUCAUGAAAUCUGCAUUACAACUCAAUUAAGAGAAUAGUCAGAAGUGAAAUGUUGCACAGUUUGGAGUUUUCAAGUAUGGUGUUGGUGUUGGUGCUGGAAGCAAUAUGAUGAACAUUGAUUAUAAACACCAUACCAGUCUCAUUAUUGAUAGUUCAACACCAAGUUAAGUCAGCACCAGCAGGUGAUGAAUAGUUUUAUUACCAUAGCUCCAGCACCAGCUUUUUAACACCACAUUUGGAAAUACCCUAAGUAAUGGUAUAUCUUCCAAACAACAGGGAGAUACCUGUCGAAAGUGACUGUGCAUUUUACUGUAUUUCACAUCUCUUAUCUCCUCCACCUCCUCGUUUUUUUUUUCUUCAUCUUUGCCUUCUUCCUCUCCUCCAUCUUCUUGUCCUACUAUUCCUCAUCCUUGUUAUCUUUAUCCUUCCCAUUCUCUAAUUCCCUAUCUCGUUUCCCUCUCCUUCUCUUCCCUCUUCCUCUGUUUCAUUGGGACUUCUAUCAGGACUGUCUUUAGAAUGUAUUACUAUGUAUACCUCAUUGUAUGCUGCAAGAUCAAUAGAAUUUAUUAGCUAAUCCUGGCUCCAUCAAACAAAAGGGAUAGAUUUAAGUGUACUUACUUACCUUGUAUUGAUGUUUUAUGUAUUAAAUUGUCUUCUUGCAUACUAACUCCCCCCCUGUCAUUCCACAUGUUUUCCCUGUUUCCCUUUCUUCAGUAAUAAGUGAUGUAUAAUGAUAUUUACAAUUUUCCUCUCCACAGAUAUGGUGGAUCUAGAAUAUCCUCCUUUUUUUGGGGGGGGGGUUGGCAAAGUCAACUAAUACAUGUUUCUGAGAGGUAAUUUGCCAUGGUAGAUUUUCAUUUGUUACCAUACUUUUUGUUGAUGGAAUCUUCAAUUUGGUUCUGAUAUGCAACAAAUUUGUUUUGGUUUGAGUGUGGCUUACAUUUCAUUUUAUAUUUUUGGAUAAUAUUGCUUAGAUUUUCUUUCCUUCAAGUGCUUGUGAUAUAGCAUUAUAUUCAUCUCACACCAUCCAUACAUACAGGAAGCAGUAAGUUUAGAUGCCGCAUUUUGUAGUGCUAUGCUAGGCAAGCAUGGUGUGAUCUCCGGUGGACAAUGUUCUGAAUCACAUGAAUACGACUCCCAAUUCAGAUCAAGCAAAAGUGAUUGAUUUGAAAUUGAAGUUGCUUUUGAUUUUUAAAAUCUGCUUUCAAAUGAUAGCAUUAGUAAGUGCUGCAGUAAGUUGCUAAAACGGUUGCCCAAUAGUGACUGAGAAAAUCAUCACGAUAUUGAAUAAAUUGGCAACACAAUAUUUGAAUUAGCUGUUCACUGACCAAAGCUAUUACAAGAUCUGUUGGUAUAUAAAAAGCAAAUAGGCAUGAGUGCGAUGGUCUGAGAUUUCGCAUGAGGUGAAAGAAAGAUGCUCUAUUCAACGAGGCAUUAGCCGAGUUGGAUAGAGCGUCUCUUUCUUUCACCAAAUGCGAAAUCUCGCACCAUUGCACAAAUAAGAAUAUUCGCUAUUUGUGUUGUACAACGCCUCAGAAUAUAGCGAAAAUAUGAACAAAUUAAGAGUUUUUCCCUGCAGUAAUCUAUGGAAAGGGAGCAAAAAUAUUGAAAACGAAAAGCAAAAUCCCACAAGCGCACAUGACCUUGGGCAGCAUUGCGCAUUUAGCCAGCAGGCUAUACGCCUAUUGCACCUUCAUUUUUACUGAGCGCAAUAAAUUGAAUUGUAAUGUGACGUCACCUCCUAAAGCCGUGCAACGGUACAUUUUGGAUGGUACAUGUAUGUCGUGUGUGCAACGGUACGAAUGUUUGACAUUCAGUCUCCCAUAUGCUUGCGUACAACAAGCUAAGUAGGCGUUGUACAAUAACCAAUGGAUGAUAAUUUUCCUUUGUUGCUGUGUAUGUUGCACCUUCAUUCUUUUAAGAAAGCAAUAUUCCUACAUGAAAGCUGAGAAGACAUUUGAAUAUUCUAAAUAAAUGAUUGGUUAGUAGGUGCUCAAGUGAUAAUUUUUCACUAUAUUUUCCGGGGCAUGCUCAAUAUAUCAUUAAGCAUGCACAGUCUUGCCCCGUAAAAAAUAUUUAAAAAACUAUUCAGAGGUCUCGCUGAGUCCUGGGCACACCCAAAAGUGGGUUUUCUCUUGUAGGCAUCUCUUGACAUGGCUGUGAAGUCUCUGAUCUCAUUAGUGCAGUGACUGAACGUAUCUGGAUCAGACGGGGGAUGAAGACCAACUCGGACAAGAUUAACGUGAUUUAUCGUUAAAAAGCUAAAGAAGGGAUUAUAUAAAAUAGUACUUGCCAGUCCAACCUCGGAUGAAUAAUUCCCCACUACACUUUCUCAAAGCCAGGUAUAUUUGUAUUAUAUACAUUGGAACAGGCUUUGCCAUAUAUGGUUACAGCAGUUUCAAAUAAAAUAAGUUUAUUUCAUGUUUAUUAUUAUUUUAUCAAUAUUCUAACAAAGCUCUGAGAUUAUGAAUUACAGUGUAAACUCUGUGUAACAUCCAUGGUAACAAAAGAAUAACCUUGUAAUAUCAAGAAUCUUGUAACCAGUUGAUUGUAACUUUGGAGAAAUAUUGAUUCUACAAUAAAUUUUAUGUUUUAUGCUUCAGCGCCUGGGUUGAAAAAAAAAUUGCAUUUGAUCCAAAUUAAACUCAAAUUGAGAACGAUCUCAACUCCAGUUCACUUGACAAUGUUUGUGACGUUUCUUUGUGUGUUUUAAGCAUGUGUGUAUUUUUUUCUCAACAUUUAUAUGGGAGAUAUUUGGCUGUCCUUGUAUUUUGUAGUGAAUUCUUUUACAUCAUUAAUAUUGAUUAAUUCAUAGUUAAUUGAUUUAUUCCUUUGAUUACUGCAACAAAUGAAUGGUCAGUCGUGUGCAAUAACGUAAUAUGGAAAUGAUGAUGCAAAUAGAAAUUAAGAUAAUUUUUCCAAUUUCAGUAUGAUUAUCAGUGGGACUGUCAGUAAGUUCCUGUGAAAUUACGUUUACUUCAUGUUUACUUCAAAUAUUUAUCAUCUAGAAAAGAAGGUGUUAUAACUUAAGAAAAAGUAUUAUUUAGUACAUUUCUUUGAUGUUUUGUUAUCAGUCUCUUAGAUUGCUAUUUAAUGUAGAUGUUCUACAGCUCUUAUGUUUAUGGUCAUGUUUCUUUUCCCCAUUUAGGAUACACAUACAUAUAUAUGAUGCAUUGAGCAUGUGCAUGAUAUGCCAUCAUAUCAAAUUGUUAUGACUAAGCUGAAAUACUUUAUGUAUCUAUUUAUUCUUGAAGAGUAUAGUUAUUGCCAUCAGAAAAGCUAGGCAUAUGGAAGAUGAUCUAAGCUUGAAGAUGGUCAAUGAAGCAAUUAUCACUCUAACUCUUAGUAUGAUAAAGACCUUCAAUAAACAAACAUGUAAUGCAUAAUUAUUUAAUGACUUAAUACAAGUAAAGAUUUUAUGGGAUAUAUAGUCCACAACUAGUUAUGUAUUAUACAAAUGCCAAUUUUAUCAUGACAAAUCAUUCUUAUAUACCCUAUACACUUAACCAUAUGGGCAUUUAAGAAUACAAUUGAUUUUUGUUGGACAGAUUAGUAUUUCAUUAGAUAUAUUUUGAAUAUGAUGAUAAACUAAUGCCCCAACUGGGCGUUGUGGCUUGUGCCUGUAAUCCAAGCUAAGUGGGGAAGUUACAAAUUGAUGCAGAGGUUCGAGCCCUGGUCACGUCUUUCGGAUGGUGAUGUUAAAGGUCGGUCCCAGACGUAAAUAAUAUCUAAUUGAUACACGUCUGACAAAACUCAAAUACAUACACCCUUUAAUUUUCUUCACCACCUAUGUGUUAACUACAAAGAUUAUUAUUUGUUUUCAGAGUUAAAUGAUUCCUUUAAUGGAGUUACAACUUUUUUGUAACAAGAAUAGUCACCCACCCUAAGAUGAUGUGUACUAAUAAAUUGUGACUGUUAGGAUUAUCGGCAAUAAAUUAAUUAUGAAUUUAUUCUGACAAUUAUCACAGUUUGUUCAAGUUGUAAUGUUUUCAUAUCUUUAAAUUGCAGGCAGGCAUGUUCUGGUGUUGUAUUGUUCCCUUUAAAGUGGCAAAUUUGUGAGGCUUUGCUCCCAUUAUGACUGUACUUCAUUCUAAUUCAAAUAGUUAUGUUCACCAAGUAUAUUUCCUGCUCUAUGUGUAUGUUGAUUCUUUUCUCAAAGUUUAAGUAAAAUAUAUUUCUAAUAUAUUAUUCUAA